UUAAACAUUCAAUGAAUUAAUUGUUAAUUUUGACCAAAAAGAAAGUUGGGAUAUAAAAAAAACAAAAUGGCGUCUAAAAAUACUGAAUGAACCGCAAAAUCGUGUUUCAAGAACGCAUCAGUAGUAUAUUCUACUUCAGAGUGAGAUUUUCAGGAUAAAAUGGCAAAGGCAGUCAAUUUACAAAAUCUUGUAAAACAUAUUGUUAACGGUACGCUGGCGGAAAAUCUUUGUCGUAUAUGUUUAUUGCCAUUAAAUGAUCUCUAUGAGGAUAUUUUCACAAAUAUUUGUAAAGAAAACAACGAAUACUGUGUGGCUGAUGUAUUAAACACGGUCUGUCAAAUAAAGAUUUCGCAUGUGGACAACUACAGAGUAUGUGCAAAUUGUUUUAUUAGUGCCUCUGAGGCUUACAAAUUUUACCUUCUCACUCAAAGAAGUAAUCAGAUUCUAGAGUUCUAUGUUAACGAAUUGGAAAAUCACGUUAAUUCAAUAGACUACCCGGAGAAUAUGUCUGUGGACUCUCUAUGCAUACCAUUGCCAGUCAUAACAGUUGAUACGGAUUACGAUUUUGAUAUUAGUAAAUUUCCAUUUAAAAGUGUUCUUCACGAAAAGCCUAUAGUUAACGGAGGAAAUGGUACAACUGAUGGUGGUGUAGAUUGUGUCAAAUCAGAAGAUAUAGAUGAAGGGAACAUAGUUAUUGUGAUGGAUGAUGGGGUGCCGACAUUUUUUAAGCCGCAAAGAGAUGGAUCAUUACUCACACUGGACGGAGAAAAAGAUCUGAGUAUAGACUUCGAUAAUGAGCCGGAACGGAAGAUGAUGAAGAAGAGAAAAAGGAAACGGGAGCCAAUGGAAUAUAAAAUAUGCAGUCGUUGUCCCGUUAGAUAUAGAUUUGUAAGGAAACUUAAAGAACACAUGAAAGAGGAACACGGUGUUGACCUUUUUGUUUGUAAGAUCUGCCAAGCUAUUAUAGAAGAUGAACAGGAAUAUAAUAAUCACCUGCAAACUCACACAGGUAUACACACAUGCGCCAUCUGCAACAUGGUGUUUAAGAAACGUAACACAAUCAUAAAACAUUUCAAAUGGCACGAAGAAAUGAAAACCAAGAGCCAAUCCGACGGACUUCAUAUUUGCGAAUACUGUGGCCUCAUGUUGGUCAGUGAGGACGAUUUAAAAGAUCAUAAGGAGAAGAAACAUGUAAAAAAAUACACGUGUUAUUACUGCGGCAAGAUGUACAAAGGGGAAUUGAGUUUCGAAACGCAUAUUAAGAAACAUGAAGCUAACAAUGAUUCGAAUAGAAAUGCAGUUAAAGUAAAGCAAGAAACAAAGAAGAAACGCAAGUACACCUGCCCUACCUGUAACCGAGACUUUGUUGAUGAGAGGGCUCUUCUGUGGCAUGAACGACUUCACACUAACGAAAGGCCGUAUGUUUGUGAGGUGUGCGGCCGCGGGUUCGUUUCCCUGAACCGCCGUAACCAGCACUCGGUGUGCGCCCACACAGCCCCCGCGCGCCGCUGCCCGCUCUGUCCGGCGCUGUUCCAUCUAAGGUCGAUGGUCAACACCCACGUUAAGAAGGUACAUCUGAAAACUCACAAGCGUCGUAAUCGCACCAGCAAGUAUCAGAAGGUGUUCUGGAAGACUGAACGCGUUCCCAUCCAGGAGCUGAGCGUGUCCAUACAAAAUGAGCUGUUUGAGCUGCAGUCCACACAGAACCAGCCUGUGCUCGCCAAGAAAUGGUGACAUUUUGGAGGAUCGCAGUAUGGGCGACGUCCAUUGAGUGACAGCUUAAACAUUAUAAAGGGUGUAUUAAAAACAAAACAACUCUAACCCCUUGUAUAUAUAUUUUAUUAAUUUUUUUAAUAUUUUUUUUGUAUCGUAUUUUUAUAUAUAUAGUUAUAAUGAAUUGGCUAUUAAUAUAUACAACUUACAUUAAGUGGGUUCUUAGAAUAAACUAAAGAUCCUUAGGAGCUAUGUGGAAUCAAGUUUGUCGACAUUCACUUUCGCCUUUCGCUGUGUGAUUUUUAAUUAAAACGUCUCAAUCAGCAUUUUAUAUUGUUUUAAUCAUCCUCGACAGUCAUUGACAUAAUAAUUUAUCAAAAACCAAAAUUCUAAUGAAAGUACUCAUUGUAUGUAUGACAGUACAGAGAUGUAUUACGUUAAAUGUCUUGUAAAAUGUGUCCCAAGGCUAACAGGAGACAUUGAGGUUACUAAUGAAACGGUGAAGUAUUGUUUGACCACAGACCUAAAAUAACAUAGAAUUGCCAAUUUUCCAAACAC